CUAAAUGCAAUUCGUGCAAUUCAUCUUAUUCGCCUCUAUGCCGAUUCGUGUAAUUAAUCAAUAGCAAUUUGUUCCGAGUAGGCGUCUCGAUUUUAUUUCGAAUCGGACGCGAUUUUUUUGGUUUGCUCGAAUUUAAGGGGCGAUUUGCCAAAAUAUACUCAUCGCAGAUCGAGACCGAUUUGAAUAGAAGGAUUUAAAGGAUCGUUUUCGACGAUACGCUUUUAGUUAUACAGUGCUAUUUUGCAUGUGCAAUUCGGACCAAUCCGAGAUGUUAUUUAUAACGUGCGUUCUUAUCGCGGGAUUCACACGGACAGGUUUAGUGGGAGCCACCGCGUCGGAAUGGACGUACGAACAUCAAGAUCAAUGGUAUCCCAGAAUCUGCAUAGAAGGUCCCCAUCAAAGCCCCAUAGCUUUAUCUACUUCGGUAGCUGAAGAAUCAAGUUUCACCCCUUUCAGAACGUACGGUUACAAAACACAAAUUCCCGUGAUUGUACAAAAUAAUGGACAUUCAGUGAAAAUUAAACCGAAAAACAGCAAAGAUAAGCAAGAAAUCCACAAAGGCGGCAUGCCGGAUAAUUACAUUCUAGACCAUCUACAUUUUCAUUGGCAUUCGGAACAUACUAUGGAUGGCGAAAGGUUCCCGUUGGAAAUGCACAUGGUGCAUUAUGCAGCUAGAUUCGAAUCGUACGAAAAAGCCUCCAAGCAUACCGAAGAAGGAGGUUUGGCAGUCUUCGCAGUUUUAUUUUACCUAUCCCCCGACGACGUGGAAGCAUUCGAGCCUGUGAUAGAAGCUGUUAGAGAUAUUUAUGAAAAUGUAAACCAUGAAAAGGAAUUAAAUGAUUUCGUAAUGGCGGACUUCAUGCCGAUGGAUAAAUCCGGUUUUUACAGAUAUAAUGGUUCGUUGACGACGCCAGGAUGCGACGAAGGUAUCAUUUGGACCGUUUUUAUGCACACCUUGCCUAUUUCCAAAUCGCAGGUUGACGGGUUUCGAAUGAUCCGCACCAGCCACCACGUGCAAUUGACCGAGAAUUUCAGGGAACUUCAAAAUCUAAACGAUAGACCUAUUCUGAUCAAAUACAGCCCCAUGAAGGAUUCUGGCAGCAAUUACAUUAAAUCUAAGGCGAAUAUGUAUUUAUUCGCGCUAUUAUUGCUGACAAUCUCCUAUUUGAUGCGGUGAAAAUUACAUGAAUUUACCUACAAUAUGAUGUACAAAUUAAAAUACUUUUGUGUUAUAUGCAAUAAAUAAGAAUUAU